AUGGCUGGUGGCUUUCUCCCGUACCACGAGCCGGAAAUCGUGGAAAUUCUCGUGAUCAUCUCGUUCUUUUUCAUCCUGUCGCUGGCAGAAAGCGUGUCGGCCAAGAUUAUUCGUGCUGGCAUCAUCGGCCCCAUCGCUGUUGGCAUCGUCUACGGGACACCGCUGGCUGAUAUUCUCGAAGAAGGAUGGCAAAAGACAUUCCUUGCUCUUGGAUAUGUUGGUUUGAUUCUUAUCAUUUUUCAGGGCGGUCUUGGUGCUCGGAUUGAUCUCCUCAUGCGCAAUCUCGUCCUCAGCCUGGUCGGAGCCGCCACAGGCGUUUGCUUUCCCAUUGGACUUGCCUAUCUGCUGCUGUACCUUGGGUUUGGAUAUGGCGCGGUGGAGACGUUCAUCAUUGGCGCGGCCCUGUCCGCUACCUCUUUGGGAACGACCUUUGCGGUGAUCUCUUCGGCAUCCAGUACGAUCGAUCUUGCUCAGACGAAAGUCGGUGCUGUUCUUGUGGGCGCUGCUGUGAUUGAUGAUGUGAGCGGUCUCGUCAUGUCCAGUGUAAUUGGCAAUCUAGGCCAACUGUCAGAAGGAGGAAACGUCAAUCUCGGAUGGCUCAUUGGACGCCCAAUUGUCGCCUCGAUAGCCAUGGCCAUCCUCACUCCCAUCGCAUCCGUCUACAUCUUCGCCCCGAUCUUCCGGAAACCCUACAUUGAGCCUCGUUUUGCUCGAUUCGACCAUAUUUCCAACAUCAUCUUGAUGGUACUAGUUCUCUGCGCCUUUAUUACCAUCGCUGCGUAUAGUGGCACCUCGGUUCUUUUCGGGGCGUUUCUGGCCGGCACGUUCCUCACGUCCUUGCCCAGCACGGGCCCCAACAGUCCUUUCACCGUGGAGAGUCGGAAGGAGGGGGAGGAAAAUGAAGACAAGAGCCCAAAAUUCCUGCAUACCUUUGAGGCGUAUCUUUGGGGUGUGCAAAAAUAUCUCAUGGAGCCGUUGUUCUUUGCGAGUAUUGGAUUUGCGGUGCCGUUUGUGGAACUCUGGACGGGAGAGCGCAUCUGGAGGGGUGUUUUGUUUACGCUGCUCAUGGUCUUUGCAAAGUUUGUCGUUGGAAUCUGGAUUCCCCUCUGGUCGUAUCUGUUUAUGAAAAACUCACAAGACGGACGAGUGACCUCCAAAGAAGCAAAUCGCCAAAACACCCAGAAAAACAGGUCUUCCGAUUAUCGUACCACCUGGCUAUCCGGUUUACUUCUAGGGUCUGCAAUGGUGGCGCGUGGCGAGAUUGGUCUUCUCAUCAUCGAGAUUGGUUACAACCAGACAUCGUAUGUCAGCCAGGAGGGGUUCAUCACUUGUGUGUGGGCUAUUCUGCUCAACACGAUUAUUGGACCGAUCGCUGUUGGCAUUUUGGUGAAGCGCUAUGGCAAGGCAAUCGCAGAAGGUGUCUGGGGAUUGCAGCUUGCAGUGUCGGAGGAGGCGAUUGCCCAUGAUCAUCGUGUAUGA